GCGUGUACUGGCUUUUGGAGAUAAGACUUCUUAUGUAUGAAUACGGAAGAUGUCCCGAGAGGAGGGCACUACGUGAGCGGAUAUCGUCGGUUUGGCGGGUUAGUUCAGCAAAGUUGAGAAGCAUCGUCGCUUGAAGUCGGAUAUGCCUGGAGUAUUUAUAUUUAUAUGACCGAGGCUGAUUUUUGUGUCAGGUCCAAUUCGCUUUCCCCUGGCCUGGGAUGUCGGUAAUCGGCGUGGGUGAGAGCUGGGCCUGAAGGUUGGCCUGAAGGUUAGACUGUACGGUUAUGUGGACUGUGUGAGAUAUAUUGCGGCUUUGCUUGGGUAUCGGAGAAUCGCGGGGAAAGAGGGAAAGCGGGAAAAGGGAAUGAAGACGAGAUGCAAUACAAAGUAAAGGCUGGAUGUCAGUAUUCGAGGGGAGCCUCCCGAGAUGGUUCAUCUCAACAUAUACUACUCCGUACGAAUAGGGGAAGUCUUGGAGAUGCAGCCAUGGAAUGAAUGGUGGGUUCCUGCGGCGGUGUGGUGGUGCAGCUGCCCCUCGAGCCACUAUUGAAAGGGCGAGAUAUUGGGGCGACCCUCGAGUCCUCCUAUGGGCGGUUCUGGGCGGUCUGGGCCCUGAAGGACCCCUUCUAAGCCUUCUAAAGAACCCCACCAACCCCCUAGGUCGCGCCACGGUGUGCCCCCAUGGUCUUGACCGGAUGCAAUACCGCUCCACUUUGGUGUUCCUCGAUUACGCCAGCCCAGCCCGGCGCCGUCCCGAUCACACAGACUUGUCCAUCACGCCGACUGACCAACCAACCAACCACAUUUCCACGUCGUCCACCUUCAUAUUAUCCAUCCGCGGAUACGCGUCCACACGGCUGUUAUCCCGACACCCGCAUAUUUCAGCCAUCCAUUCCAAAUCCGUCCCCCGUCACACGCCCACUCUUUCCGCUGAUCUCCUCCCUGAAUUAACCCUGCACCUGCAUCGGCCUCCCGCGACUGGUCCUCGGUCGCCUCCUCGUGUGCAGCCGUUUUGCCUGCCUAUUUCGUCGAUGAAUCCUCCUUUGAACGACAUGGAUGAUGCGGCGCGGCUCAUCGGAGACUUGCACCAGAAGCUCUCCUCCCUCGAUUCCAAAGUCGCUGCCUACCGCCAAGAAAUGGCCCUGGAGUUCACACGAUACUCUCGCGACCUCCUCAAAGACGUUCCCCAGGCCAUUUCUGCCCGUGUCCACAUAGCUGUGGCCGACUUGCUUCCUCAGUAUCCCGCCGUCGGGCCUGCCCUGCAAGAGUCAGUGUCCUACUCUGACUCUGACUCAUCGUUAAGCCUCGGCACCGAUACCGGCAACGGUACCGAUACCGCCGCCAGCACCGACACCGCUCGCGCUCCGUCAACUUCCUCCUCCUCCCCUUUCCCGUCCAAGACCGACAGCGAUACCGACACUGCCGCUACCGUUCCUGCAAUAUCUCCCGCCCCCGCGUCCGCGUCCGCGUCCGCUUCCGUUUCGGCUUCGGCUUCGGCUGCUGCGUCUACCCUCGACAGCUUGUCGGACGCCGAAUGGCUGGCAGCGCCCACGGCCAACUCGCCCUUUUCCACGCCGCACGCUAUCACCCCUGCCGCUGCCGCUGCCGCUGCCGCUGCUGCGAAGUCAACCUCGACGGGUUCCCCUCGAGCUAGUACUGCCGACCGCGAUAGAGAGCUACACGGCCUUUUUACACCGGCCUUCUUACCGCUCUUACAGGCCAGCCCCGCUCUGGCCAUGCCACUUUUCCCUCCGUCGCCAGCCUCGCCGUCCAGCUCUCGAGACUCCCUUGACGCGACAAUACACCCCCCAGCUGACAAUAUGGGCGAGGUGGACAAGGAACUCGGAUCAAAAGAGAACCAGUCACAAACGUCUGCGACUCUCCAUCCCUCAUCUAGGCCACCCCCUUCUCGCCGGACAACCGACGACACCAGCUCAUGCGGCACGGCGGAGCAGGGCGAGAGCAGUGUGCGCCGUCGCAGUGCUUUGCGGCGCUCAUCGACCGGUUCCAAGGGACCUCUCAGCCCUCGCCGGGUCCGCUUCGAGUUUGAAGGAAUCGAGGUUUUGCCCACCUCAUCACCGGAAUCCUCCGACGUCUCUUUCAUCCAAUCUCACUCCUUGCCGUCGACGUUCUCCCGCGCUGGCGCUGCGCCUCCUGAAAACGAGGUUAUAGUUGACGAAGAUGCCGUCAGUGCCGAAUCUAUAUUGGGCCCGGACGAGGAAAGCGAGCCUCCGCCCAAGAAAGUGUCCUCCUCCCAGGCUCUCCGAGCGCUAUCAAGGACACCUCUGGACACAAAUACCGUCUGGACAGUCGUCAAUGCGGACUCCCCCGAGCUUGCCUCCGAGAGGAAUUCGCCUCGGAACAUUUCGCCUGGGUCCAGUAAGGGCUCCCUCCCGGAGUCACCGAUGCAUUCGGGAUCUUCGCCUCGACGCCCUAAGAAGCCGUUGAAAUCCCCCCCUCCUGAGCCACAGGACCCGGCGGAUGACUACGAUGAUGGAGACUCGUCGGACGACGACUUUCUGGCGAUGGCGAAGCCGAAGUCGUCUGCUAACAAAUCAAGCAUUGCCUCCCCCCGAUCUCUUUCUCCCCUCAGACAACAACCGACCCCUCCUGCUUUGCCAGACCUGGAGCGUACAGCUUCCACAUCAGUUUCACGAUCCACGGCCUCACCAAGGGAGAUCACCAAACCUACCGCAGGGCUGAUAAGUAGCGUUGUGCAUGACGAGGACGAGGGCAUAUUCGACUUUGAGGGGGCAACCCCGGCCAAACCUCAACGCGCACCAGAGCCGGUCCAGGACGAGAUGGAAGAAGACGAAGCGACCACCCCAGAACCCGAACCCGUCCCGACAGCGCUCUCAAGCUCACCGUCGGUGCCGAUCGCCAAGCCAGAAACGCCGGCGGCGACGCAUCUGACGUACGGAACCGUGGGCUCCUUCAAAGGACGGCCCGUGACGGUAUCCGUCGUCACGAACCCCGAAGUGUACGCCCAAGCUGCAUCCCUCGGGGACGUCAAUACCUUUGUCGGAGGGCUCGACGGGAGCACGGGGGCCGAUGAGGGCGAUCUGGCUAGCUAUCGCGCUAGCGUGGGCCAAGCGCUAUACUCCGGUACUCCUCGAAGCCUGACGGAGCGCAUGUUGAUGGAGGAUGCGCAGGCCCAGCGACGCGCUGCUGCUCAGGGGCGAUCAUAAUAUUGGCGCAUAUUUCUACAGCGUCUCAUCUCGUACUUGCUGUACAACAUUUACCUUUUUUCUUGUCGGUACUGGAGCUUAAAAAAAAGAAUAGUGCACAACCUUCAGGCACUUGUGUGGAUAGGUUUGCUCAAAGGAUUUGGAAUAUCCCGGAGACUUGGAUAGUAGUGGGAUCUGAAGGUGUAGAGGGGGUGGUUUAUGGGAUAGGUCGGUAUAUAUCCGUAUACGCCUCAUUAGGCUCUUGGGUCCGCACGGUUGACUGAUUUUCAAUUUCAGGUUCUGAACGUUGUUGGUACACGAACACAGGGACGC